CUGAUAUUGGGUACUGAAGCUUUUCGCUGGCUCUAUCUGGCCGUCAAAUUCCCCCGGGGGUGCGACCCCGCGCGCGCCCGACCUGAGGGGACAAGGCGUUUGGCGGCCACAGUGAUGAAUCAGUCGGCGACCUGUCCAACACCUCAAUUCUUUCCUCUUAGGAGGUGUCAAAGCCCUGAAACCGUCGACGGUUUGCGAAUCCGGCACAAAUAUUUCGGGAGACGUAGGCAAAAUGGCGUCGCAAGAACGCAGCAUGCCCUUCAUAAAGAACCUCGCCUCGAGCGACCGCAAAAUACGCACCUCAGCCCUCUCCUCUCUCCGAACUUUUCUCUCCGCCCGGCAAGUGGCAUCCGCGCUCACUCCCAUCGAGGUGCUCAAGUUGUGGAAGGGCCUGUUCUACGCGCUAUGGAUGUGCGACCGCGCCAUUCCCCAGCAAAACCUAUGCAACGAGCUAGCCGAUCUCAUCUACAUCCUCCCGCGCGAGGCUGUCGAGACAUGGUUGCGCGGGUUCUGGGCGACCAUGGCGCGUGAGUGGACCGGGAUCGAUGUGCUGCGGAUGGAGAAAUUUCUUCUCCUCGUCAGGAGAGUAGUCGGAGCGGGGUUCAAGUGGAUGAAGAAGGGGAGCGGGAAUGAAGAAGGAAAGAAGAAAGGGAAAGGGAAUAGUGUUUCCGAUUGGGAUGCGGGAAAGGUGGACGUGAUAGUGGGACUGCUGGGUGAGUGGCCACUUGCCCUCGAGGAGGAGGCGAGGAUAGAGCGGGCGACCGACGGGGACGGCAAGGAUGCCAACAUAACUCUGAAGAUUCCGGUAGGAAUGAGGCUGCACGUCCUCGAUAUCUGGGUUGAUGAGGCGGAGAAGGCAGGACUGCUUGAGAACGAUGACAUGGAAGCGAAGCAGAUCACCCAAAGGAUCUCGGACCAGAUCGAUGCCCUCGAGGAAGCGACAACUAGUCCAGCUGUGCGCAUCAGGUCCAAGGAGUCGCUGGCUGACGACCGUCUCAUUGCCAGAAGGAGACCAGAACCAGACGCUCGAUCGGGCGGGGACACAGGUAAUGGCCAAGAUGAUGGUGCGGAUUGGGACGGGUUUGAUGACUAGGGAGGACAAUGAGCUAUUCAAAAUCGUCGCAUCUCGCAACCGGCCUUGCUUGUUCACCUCAAACCGCGGGCUGCCCAAUGUGAGAGAUACAAGGGUCCUACAUCUGACAUUCGCAAUGCGGGAACAGGCACGGCCGGGAUAUAUUGAAUUCCAGCCAGAUGCAUUCGAAAACUUAAUCGCGGCUUAUGACGGGCGCCAGCCGUGUGCAGCUUGCC